UUUGUGAGGUUUCAUUUUGGGAUAGCUCAUGGAUUUGAUCGACGAGUCGCUCUCACAUGACGCGGAGGGAGUAUGUGAUCGAGGACUUUGAGUUUCUGCCGUUGACGGUCCAUCUUCGAACCUCCAGUGAAAGGCUUCUAGUGCUAAGAGUCUUGCACAUUUAUGCGUUUUCAUGUUGUAGUCACCCUUCUUUCGGCAUCUUAUUUGGAAAGAACUUUCAAAAUCGUCAUCGCUUCGUCUAACUCCUUCGGCUUCAACGCUUUGGUCGAGUGGAUGGACCGAAAAUUGUCAAACUACAAUUUAUGCUUCCAUGUUUUUAUUUUUUUUGCCAUGAGACCAUUUGUAUAGGUUUAAAAUCUUAGAUUGUAAACCUAAACUGUUUUCAUUUUAAUGAAAUAUUUACAUUCUUAGCAAAAAA